AUGAAUAGUAAUUGCAAUGUUGAAGCUUCUGAGUCUACAAAUGCUGAAUUUAUAAUGGAAGAAACAAAAGAAGAGAUUUCACAAAUUGAUGGUUAUGGUGAAGUCACACAAUGCAAACAGACAGUACAGGGUGCAAAGAAAGCUGCAUUUUUACAGAUUGAUGAGGAAAAUUUGCAAACAAACUGCCUUAGCAUGGACAGCAUGGACGACUGCAUAUCAGAAUCUGUGUAUUCACAGUCAUCUCAAUAUUCAGAGUGGCAAGAUUCACAGGAAAGUCCAUCAAGAAAAAGGAAAAUGUCACUGAAUUCUUUUCUGGAAACAGUAGAUAUAAGUCCUGUGAAAAAAACGUUAACUGUUGACUUUGAUCUUGCAUCUGAGAGGACAAAAAAUGAUUAUGUCAGGAAAGCAAAAAGAAUAAUGCACAGUGUACUUGGUAUAUUGGUUCCACAACAGGAAUCACUAUUUGAGGAGGUUCUAUAUGAAUCUAAUGCAUACAAAGAUCAGACUCUUGAGUCAUUUUCAAAAGCAUAUAGCAGUAUGUCAAGUUGGGGAACACAGAGACAAAUUCUCUCUCUUCUAGUACAAGAUUACAGUUACAAUCAACUCAAAGACUAUAUUCCAGAUUUGUCAAGAUACAAAUUUUCAUCUGCUCGUAAACAUGCUGAGGUUGUUGGUGUUGGCAAGCCAGUUUUACAGAAAAAACAAUUUAGAGAAAAGGCUACUAUUCAACAGAUAGAAAACUUUUUAGAGUUCAUACUUUCACCAGCUAUAAUGACUGAUUCACCAUUUGGAGAAUGCACUUAUAAAAUCUCAUCUGGUAUUACACUCAAAGUUCCUAAGAUUAUUCUAAAUAGUGUACGUACAAGAACAGUAACACUGUAUUUAAAGUAUUGUGAAGAAACCCAGAACGCUGAUAUUCUAUCUGAAAGGACUUACAUGAGACUGCUUGAAGCCAUUGAGCCUAAUGUGAGAAAGUCCAUGAAAGGUUUAGACAAUUUUGCUGCUGAUGGUAGCCAGGCUUUCGAUAACCUGAAAAGUGUGGUAAUGACAUUAGGAAAAGAAGGUAAAGGACAAGAAUGGGCAGAAAAGAUCAGCAAGCAGCUCAUGGAAGGGAAGCAGUAUUUAAAACUGCACUACAAGUUACAUGUUAGUUUGGACUCAGAAGUUCCUGAUCAUUGUGGCAGAUUUGGCCUGUCAUCUGAAGAAAACAGUUUCUGUAGUAAAUGUACACAUACCCAUCAUCUUUCUUGUAAUGACUGUGAAGCUCUGACCACAACUUUGAAAUUGAUAGAGGAUGCUGCAGAUAGCAUAACAUAUACAAACCAAGAACAACAAGAUGACACAAAAUACAUUAUUGUACAGGGUAUUAAAACAAUUAUAGAGUGGAAGAAACACAUUGUGAGAUCUGUCAACCAAGACAGGGCAAGGGGGAAAGUUUUAGACACAUUGCAACCAAAUGAAGCUUUAAUUGAAAGAGACUGGGCUAUGAAAUUUCUUCCAUUACAGUAUAGAGAAUCUCAGUCUAAUUGGUUUGCCAAACGUGGUCUUUCCUGGCAUGUCAGUGUCAUAACAUUCCAAGAAAAAGAAGGAAAAAACAGUUUGACAGUUCUGCACAUCUUUGAUACUGCUACGCAAGAUGCUGUCACUUCCAAUGCUAUAUUGAAAGACCUACUACACCAUGUCAAUUCCACUAUCAACAAUGUUGACACUCUGUAUUUAAGAUCGGACAAUGCUGGAUGUUACCAUUCAUCAUAUGGCAUAUUGUCAGUCACUGCUCUGAAUGACAAUCCGUACAAUAUAAAAGUAAAUAGGAUGGACUUUUCUGAUCCACAAGGUGGAAAGUCAAUUUGUGACAGAAAGGCUGCCCAUGUCAAAGCAUGCAUAAGAAGAUAUGUAAAUGAAGGCAAUAAUGUAAUUACAGCUAUAGAAUUCAAGUCAGCUGUAGAAAAAACAAUGAAAAAUGUUAAAGUAGUUGUUGCAUUGCCACCUAGUCCCAUCAAAAGUUCAAAAACAUCCAAGAUUGAAAAUAUAAGUUUUCUGUACAAUUUUUUCUUUUCAAACAAUGAAAUUACAGCUUGGAAGCAAUUCGAAAUUGGCAUUGGCAAAGUUUUCUCUUCCAAAUCUUUAAAUGAAAUUCCAUCUCUUGUUAAAAAAUGUGAAAGUACUGUGAUAUGGAGAAUCAUUGCUCAAUCAUCCUUGAAUACAAGCAUUCCAGUACCUGUAACUAGAAAUGAAGAGCUCGAAGAAGAAGACAACAUUUGUAGUAAUGUAUUUACAUGUCCUGAAGACGGUUGCAUUGCAACAUUUUUGAAAUAUGGACAAUUAUGUAACCACCUCGACAGAGGUAAACAUACCUUCCCUAAGAAUAAUUUGAAUAUAAAGGAGCGUACACAAAUCACACAUGCUUCUUUAAUGGAAAGCAAAAGUUCUGCUGAAAAAGUACUUCAUUCUGGUACAACACAUGCAUUACAAGCAGAAUCUACAUUAAAGAAAGGAUGGGCAUUAAAGAAUAAGCGAGAGGUGAAGAGAUUUUCAAAAGAGCAAAUAGAAUAUAUGACAGAGAAAUUUCAGUUUGGUGAAUCUACUGGAUAUAAGUGUGACCCAGAUGAUGUGGCAAAAGAGAUGAGACAUGUAAAGAACAGUAAGGGCAUCCGGAAAUUUCAACUUGAACACUUUCUUUCUCCUUCUCAAAUUGCUAGUUUUUUUAGCAGACUUUCACUAAAAAAAAGACAAGCAUCAAAUACUGUUUAUGACGAUUGUGAUAUGAUAGCAGAAGAAUCAAGAACUGAGAUGUCUCAGCUAACUGUAUUAGCAAAUACUGUACAGUAA